GUUAUGGCGAAGUACCAACCGGGAGGGGCAGCAGAGAAGCAGCAGCUCCUGUCGUUUCUCGUUAGCCCAGAUACCGUCAUCGUUCCAGACCCCAGCCUUCAGCUUAAGGGUCUGGAGAGACUAACCCCAACGUUGUCUGAUACGGCCGAGGAGGCGAUUCUAACGGAAGCUGCGGACAAGGGUGGAGCAAAACAGACGGUAGCCAAGGCGGAUGAGGUGGCAGGAAAAGGGGGAAAAG